AUGAGAGCUCAAUUGUACCAGACAACUCCUACAGUGGCGACUGCUUCUACGAUGUCGCUUAGCCCAAGUUUCCCUUUGGUCGUGUCAUCGUUUAACUAUGAAGGUGAUGAUGAGGCUGAGGAACAAUUCGAGUUCAGUAUCGGGGAAGAAUUGCUUCUCGACCCAAACGACAUCGUGAUAGGAGAGUUGAUUGGAGAAGGAGGCUACUCCAUGGUUUUCAAAGGAUUAUUCAAAAAUCAAGUUCCAGUGGCGGUGAAGGUACUGCAGCCAAGUCAAACAUCUGCUGCAAGCAAACAUCAGAAGGAAAAGUUUCAAAAUGAAGUCCUGUUACUAUCCAAGAUUAAUACUAACAACAACAUUGUGGAGUUUUAUGGAGCUUGCAUAGAGCCAUCACUGAUGAUAGUUACCGAACUCCUUGAAGGCGGUACCCUUCAAAGGUUGUUGUGGGACUGUCGUCCAACGCCUCUUAAUCUCAAGAUGUCACUCAACUUUGCAUUGGACAUCUCUCGAGCAAUGGAGUAUGUGCAUUCAAAUGGCAUCAUCCACCGUGAUCUAAAGCCAAGUGAUCUGGCACAUGCGAAGUUGGCUGAUUUUGGAGUAGCAAGAGAAGAGACUGCGGACACUAUGACUUGUGAGGCCGGCACUUACAGAUGGAUGGCUCCUGAGGCAUUUAGCCGUGAGGCGCGACAAGGGGAGAAAAAGCAUUAUGAUCACAAAAUUGAUGUUUACAGCUUUGCUAUAGUUCUUUGGGAGCUGCUUACUAACAGACAACCAUUCAGUGGAAUUCCAAAUAUCCUUGUGCCUUACUUUAUCAGCAAGAAUAACGAGAGGCCAAGCCUAAGGGGUAUUCCAAAUGAAGCUGUCCCCAUUCUGGAGUCUUGCUGGGCAGAAGACCCGGAAGCACGUCCUGAGUUUGAGGAGAUUACUGUCUUAUUGACCAACUUGCUGACCACUUUGUGCUCAGAAGGUAGCAUUGCUGCCACAACAUUAAGCGAUGAAGCUAAUCUCGAUGAGAUAGAUGAGGAACAAACGACAGUUGUUCUUCAUGAAGAGUGUAGUUGUGAUCCGGUGAGGAGGCCUGAGGAGAAGAAGAAGAUGAAGAAGAAGAUCAUGAAGAAGGUGGCGAACAUGAUUCGUCCUAUCUUCAAGAUGUUCAAGGGCUGUUUGUCCAAGCCAUGA